CGGAGAGAACGAGGCAGGCAGCUGCUGCUCAGAAGAAUCCGGGACCAUGGAGGCGACCGGCGCAGGAUGGACUCUGCUCACUUGUUUUCGUCACCUCCAACUAUAAGAAGUGCUUGGACGCUACUCAAAACUACCAAGGCGACCCGGCAUGGAGAUAUAAUGCUAUUUACACAUCAAGUUACUCGUCCGAGAUGCAACGUUUUCUUUUCCCAAACUGGAGUAACAGUCACUCCGCAGUAGAAAGUUCAGCAGAGACAGACAGAGGCUCUACAGACAACAUGUCCACCAGCACAAUAACUCAACCCUGCAAACAGGACAGGAAAGGCAGUUUCUUCAAGCUGAUCGACUCAUUUGCCUGGGAAAUCGGCACUCUAAAGAAGGAAAUGGGGAAAAAGACUCGACCUGCAGAAGGAGAUCGCAGCACAGAUACAAUACUUGGGCUGGGCGAAGAGGUGGGAGGUCUCUUUCUGCAAGCUGCACCUUGUGCUGCGAUCAGAGUGGGGCUAGCCGGAGCGAGAGAUUCGGGCUACGACUCCCUACAUAGGCGGCUUAGUGUUCUGGACAGAGUGGUGCAUGCACAUGCAGUGUGGCUACAGCUGGGCCUCAGCCACCAAGACGCCACACUUAUCUUGCAGAACCAACCCACUGGGUCAUUCAUAGUGAGAAAGUCGACCAGCCUACAGAAGAAAGUAAUAUCUCUACGCAUGGACAAAGACUCUGCAGUUCCUGUCAAAGACUUCCCUGUAAAGGAGAGCCAGUACACUUUCUCUUUGGAUGGAUCAGGCCUGAGCUUUGCAGACCUUUUCCGUCUGGUAGCUUUCUGCUGCAUCAGCAGGGAUGUGUUGCCCUUCACGCUGAAGCUUCCAGAGGCCAUCGCUUCAGCCAAAACGUCUGCUGAUCUUGAGGAGGUUGCUAGACUCGGAGCAGGUGUCUGGGAUGCACAGUUUUGCCACAGGAGAGAGGGCUCAGUCUCCUUGUCAGGAAUAGCUGCUCCUGACAGACCACCUCCCCCUGCCCAGAGACCAGUCUCCUUAGAAACCACCCCAAGGCGCCCUAGGCUCAGAACUCGCACCCCAUCUGAGCUUGAGUGUUGCCAGUCCAACGGAGCUCUUUGCUUCAUCAACCCCCUCUUCAUAAAGGUUCACCAACCAGAUGGCGACAACUGCACCACUUCAAAUCAAGGCCUGAGGGAGGAAGCUAUUAGCAACAGCCUAGAAACCAACAACAGUAACCCUGAAGAGUCUUGUGGAGAUAGUAUGCACAUUUGCAGCUCAGAUCACAGCGACAGCAACCAGUUGGGUCAAAGUAACCUUUGGAACCUCAGCAGAAACUCAGAUUUACUGGACGAAAACAUUGAAAUCAGCAGCAGCAGUCAGAAGCUGAGCACUGUAGACAGCGUGUCACAGUCCCCACCUCCUCGUCCACCCCCACCUCGCUUUGCAACACGACGCUCGGCCCCUCCUCCCCAGCAGUGCAGUAUGCCAGAGAAGAUCUCUUGGAUCAAUGUCCCCAAGGAGGAGAGGGAGAGGGGCAGCAGCCUCCUUUCUCGUCUGGGCUCCUCACUAAGCAUCAGUCCCUCAUCCUCCCCUCCAAAGAAAUUCAGCAUCAGCUCCCCCAUAUCUAUCCCUCGGCCCUCCCUGCCCAUCUCUCUAUCGUCGUUCUCCUCUUCCCCACGUCGGGCCAAGGCCUCACCUUCAUCCAGCCAGGAAGAUGCCCAGUGCCAUUUGGCACUAGAGGAACAGACUAUUGAGAAAGCCCUUUUUAGGGCCAAACUGUCCAGGUGUAAUGCCACCAGAACCCAGGAUGCCAGCAGUCCUCCCGACCCCUCACUGAUGACAACAAGCAAGCCGGCAGAAGUAACGGGAGGAGGAGGAGGAGGAGGAGGAGAAGUAGUCAAGGAAUGUAGUGGCGGCAGCCAGCGGCUGAGUGAUAUGAGUAUUUCCACAGAUUCCUCAGAAUCUCUGGACUUCUCUCAGUCGUCGGUCUUCUUCCUUCCUCCACUGCAUGACCCCAGCCCCCCCACUGAGGCUGAUUUUAACAUCCACCUCCCCCUCUCCCUCCCACCAUCACACCUGCCUUACUGCAGCAUGGAGGAGGACGAUGAUGAUGAGGAUGAUGAGGAUGAAGAGGAGCCUGAUUAUGGCGUCAGUCUUGAGAGCGACCAGGACCAAGACCAGGACCUGACCAUGGUGCCACCAGGCCACCGCACAAAGCGUCGCCCCAGUGCCAGUGCUUUGGUCCUGCAGAAGGCCCUGCGAGGGCACCUACGCAAGAUGAGUGGUGUUUUUAACUCGCUGCUGACACCCGAGAAGAGGGCAAUCCGCAGGGUGGUGGAGUUGUCCCGGGAUAGAGGCUCGUACUUCGGCUGCCUGGUGCAGGACUACCUCAGCUACAUGGGCGAGGGUGCAGGCACCCAGGCCUGGCAAGGUUAUGCUUCCGGACUGGAGCUACUGCAGACUCUCCGCCAGUUUAUCACUCAGAUGAAGAGUUACCUGAGACAGAGCUCUGAACUGGAGCCUCCAAUUGAGAGCCUCAUUCCUGAAGACCAGAUCGACCGAGUCCUGGAGAAGGCCAUGCACAAGUGUGUCCUGAAGCCCCUGAGGCCUGUGGUGAGCGUGGCCCUGCAGGAGUUCCAAGUGCGCAGCGGGGCAUGGCAGGAGCUGAAGGAGAACCUGUCAUUAGCAAAGGCCCGGCAGCCACAGGAAAUGGGUGUUGCUGACGCUCUGCCCCCGGACCCUGUGGCCGUAGAGAAGAUCAAGCACAAGUUCCACACCAUGAGUAAAUUGUACUCCCCUGAGAAAAAGGUGACCAUGCUACUGAGAGUCUGCAAACUCAUCUACACCAUCAUGGAGGACAAUUCAGGUCGUCUGUAUGGUGCUGAUGACUUCCUGCCCAUGUUGACAUAUGUGUUGGCCCAGUGCGACAUGCCCCAGCUGGACAAUGAGAUCCUGUACAUGAUGGAGCUGCUGGAUCCCGCACUGCUCCAUGGAGAAGGUGGCUACUACCUGACCAGCGCCUACGGAGCUAUGUCCCUGAUCAGGAACUUCCAGGAGGAGCAGGCAGCCCGAGUGCUGAGCUCUGAAACCAGAGACACGCUCCACCAGUGGCACCGCCGACGCACCACCCAGCGCUCUGCCCCGUCUAUUGAUGACUUCCAGAACUACCUACGGGUGGCGCUGCAGGAGCUGGACAGUGGCUGUACAGCCAAAACCCUGCAGGUCCAGCCUUACAGCACUGUGGAGGAGGUGUGUCAGCUGUGCGCCUACAAGUUUAAAGUGUCAGACCCUGAGAACUACGGCCUGUUCCUGGUUAUGGAAGGCAGCAGCCAGCAGCUGGCACUGGACACCCACCCUCAGAAGAUCAAGGCAGAGCUCCACAGCCGCUCGCAGGCCACUCCCUUCCACUUUGUCUUCCGGCGCGUGGCCAACAGCAACGCCUUAUCAUCGGCUCUCCCUGAUCCUACACCCAACCUCAACAACCUCACUGUGACCUCUGACCCCCAGGCCAACCUGAAUGACCUCAGCACAGACCCGUCAGCCCCAUCCCCCCAACCCACUCCAGGCUCAGGCCUCAGUCCUGCUCUGAGCCUCAGCCUGCCGCCAAGCCACCACAACGGCAACACAAUAUCUGUGUGACUGCAGCAGGGGGACCGGCUGAGAGUUUGAACAGCGUCUUUGUCAACCAGCUGCGGCACUGUGGCCCAUUAUCUCUAACAAACAUGCCUGCAUGAGACUUCAAAGAAUAAGCAUGUUGACAGUUGGGGAAAAAAAGAUGUGUCGAGCCAGUCUUUACAAAGCCUGACUUCUCCUUUCGAUGACACGUGUGUCUCAGUGAACAUCCGCCUGCUGGAAAGUUUUGUCUGACAAACACAUCUGAAAGAGGAAAAGAAGAAAGCAGGAAAGGAAGUGAGAGAACUGGAGUUUGUUUGUAUCCUUCCUUGGCUCUAGCUUGGCAUCAGAGCAACACUUUACAGGACACAGCUCUCAAAGUCUAAACACACUCCACGUCGGACAUGAAGUAAAGUGUAAAGAGCACAUGAACACUAGAUUGUGUUCGGCGUCCUUCAGGUGCUGAUUCAAGGGGAGCUGUUGUUGUCGUUACCUUUAGAGGGAAAUCACAUCUCAGAUACAUGUGAGACCAAUCGUCGAUCAAUCACUUUAAAUAUACAGCAGAUAGUUUAUUUUGGUGAUAGGUUUAACUAUGAUUUAUUUGUUACAGUUGCUGGUAAACUGUGACACAAUGUUGUUUGUUUUUUGAAACUGUUAAUCCUUGAUAUGUUUUGAUGGUUUGGUGACACCCAGUGGCGGGUGGUGCAUAUAACAAUGUUAUAUUUUAUAUUUAAAUCUGUUUGAGAACAUUAGUGGCUUCAGGUGUGAAUCAGUACUCCUGACGGACAAAAUUAAUUCAGAAGAAAAAUAAGAGGAAAAAGAUACCUUAACUAAAUUGGAAGAUAAUCCAAUUACUGUAUUUCUUCAUCAAAUUAAUCAAACACUGUGCACAAGAGUGGGUAUUUGCAGGUAGACCCCAACAUGCUCAGUUCAGGGUAGUAACCUAUGUAUACAUGUAAAGUGGCAUUUUGAUAAAAUAAUCUCAAGGAUUAACAUUUUAAAAAUUUGUAAAAUACUGUAGCAAUUUGUAAAAUAUUCUUGCAUGUAGUUUAAGUGUGUUGUUCGAAACAGGCAGGUCUGCUAGUGUUUAAAAUGUAACAUUCAUUUAUAUAUUUACUGAUUAUCCUGGUGAUAAGAUAUAUGAUUUGAUAUCUUACUUGAUCGAUUUUGCUUGUUAAAGGGCAUCUUUUCCAUUCAGAAUGACGAUAUGUGAUUGAGGGACAACUAUGGCUGGCUGCCAUAUCAUAAUUAUCGACAAGUCUCUGUAACAGUGACAAAUAAGAAAUGUUUUUAUGUUGGUUAAAAAAAAAAAAAAGAAAGAAAAAACGCAUAUGUGGACUUGAAAGCUGGUCUGAGGUCACACAGUGAAACAUGCUGUAUGGCUCUUGGAGAUAUUUGGAAAGACAGAGAUAUGUGAGGCUACAGUGAACAGGAGACUAAAUGUUACUGAGAAGGGCACACAAAUAUAGUUCUCAUCAGUGUUGAGUUUGGUACUGUCACUCACAAUAAAUACUUGAAAUGUUCUUGUGAAAUGUGCAGGUUUUAGCAGUUGGAAAAUCAAACUGAUAAGCUGUUUAUUGUGUAUUGAAUAAUAACACAUUCAUUCAUUCAUUCAUUCAUUCCUGUAUUAUGUCAUCAGUGUCUGAGUGAGGCUGGUUGAGGGGGAACUGAAAAGUGAUGUAGCUGAAGGAAACCUGAGAGCUUUUUUGUGAGGCAGUAAAGUAGCAUUAACGCCAUACAUCAUCUGUAUGUAACAUUUACCAUGGACGUAUAUCCUGUGCCAUGUAUUUUCCAAGUAUGAAUUCACUCGUACUGACGUAACUGUUAAUCUAACUUUGUUUUAUGGAGGAAAGUGAGUGUUUAUGUGUCUCUGUGCAGGGAUUUUUCACAGAAUAACUCUUCUAUGUCUAAACUAUUCUUUGUGGUGAAAGAAAUCGGUCAUUUAAUGAUAUCAUGAACAUUCUUCUGCACUUAAUAAAUGUUGAAAAUGUUAUUAAA